CUGUUCUCAAGUGUAGCGACUAGCGACUGUUUUUCUUGCAUACUCCGUCGGUCGCGGCGGCAGCGGCUGCCUCCGUCGGUCGCCGCGGCGGCUGCUGCCUCCGUUUGUGGCGGACUGGCGGUGGCUAUUGCUGCAUCUGUCAAAGCACUAAGUGUGCGAAGCCAUAGGGGUGGAAACUGCUGCAAUUUAGUUUAGAAAUAUGUAUACUGCGAAGCUCCCUGGUGUUUCCCUCUUGAGAGUGAAAAGGGUAUACUUGUAGUGAGGCGGAGAAUCUCAUUUGAGUGAUAGAGAAGAAUGGCGCCUGUUCUGCAAAGCUCUCAGCCAUGGGUGGAGAAAUACCGACCAAAGCAAGUGAAAGAUGUAGCUCACCAAGAUGAGGUUGUUCGAGUCCUCACAAACACACUUGAGACUGCUAAUUGCCCGCACAUGCUGUUUUAUGGCCCUCCUGGCACUGGCAAAACAACAACUGCUCUUGCCAUUGCUCAUCAGCUUUUCGGGCCUGAAAUGUAUAAGUCGAGGGUGUUGGAACUUAACGCUAGUGAUGACCGUGGUAUAAAUGUUGUUCGCACAAAAAUAAAGAAUUUUGCUGCUGUUGCUGUUGGUUCUGGUCACCAAAGUGGCUAUCCUUGCCCACCUUUCAAGAUCAUAAUCCUUGAUGAAGCAGAUUCAAUGACUGAAGAUGCUCAGAAUGCUUUGCGGCGCACUAUGGAAACAUACUCCAAAGUUACAAGAUUCUUCUUUAUUUGUAAUUACAUCAGCAGGAUCAUUGAGCCACUUGCUUCUAGAUGUGCCAAAUUUAGAUUCAAGCCACUUACAGAAGAAAUUAUGAGCAGCCGCAUACUACACAUUUGCAAUGAGGAAGGUCUUAACUUGGACUCAGAGGCUCUUUCAACCCUCAGUACUAUCUCUCAAGGUGAUCUACGUAGGGGUAUAACAUACUUACAAAGUGCUGCUCGCUUGUUUGGAUCAUCUAUUUCAUCCAGGGAUUUGAUAACUGUUUCUGGGGUAAUCCCAGAGGAAGUUGUUCAUGCAAUAUUUUCGGCUUGUAAAAGUGGCAACUUUGACUUAGCAGACAAAGAAGUGAAUAAUGUAAUAGCAGAAGGAUAUCCAGCUUCUCAGAUGCUUUCUCAGCUAUAUGAUUUAGUUGUCGAAGCAGAUGACAUAUCUGAUGAACAGAAAGCAAGAAUAUGCAAGAAAUUGGGAGAAACAGAUAAGUUUCUUGUAGAUGGAGCAGAUGAAUAUUUGCAGCUUUUGGAUGUUGCAAGCAUCACUAUGCAAACACUUUGCAACAUGCCGCAGGAAAUGACCUACUAGAGUAGGAUGGCUAGGGUUAUGAUAGUGGUUUCAUGUCAAUUAGAUGCUGUAAAUUAACACUUGGUCUAUUUUGCUUGUUAGUAUUGUAUGAGGUGUUCUUGAAUGCUUGAAUGUUGCGACCUACUAGGUGUUCUUGUUAGUAUUUGAUGAUUGUUAUUGUUCUUAUUCGAUUCUCUAUCAUGUGCGAGUAGAGGAGGAUAGGUGUUUGAUAUAAAUGCUUUUGACUAGUAAAAUAGGAGAUUGAGUCUUGAGUACUCUUGACCUUAUGGAUUGUGUUUGGUAUGAUUGAGGAUUGAUUUGGGGUUGACAACCUAUUCUAACUUCAAGGGGCCAAUCAACAACACUCCACCUUUGAGAAAAGAGACUUGGUGUUAAGGACACCAAGUGUUUGACGAAACGCUUUUUAUAUCUUUUUGGGUAUGAGAGUGCCCUUGAAUGUAAUAGGAAUGUGGAAUAUCUUUGAGAAAUGUUUCAUCUUAGUUAUAAGAAACUUAUUCUAUUGUCAAUUGAUGCUC